UAUCAUACUAUGGUACAAUGCGAGGUCAAUUGCGACGGACGGUUACUUGUUAAGCAAAGGAACACGUUUUGCUUAUGGCCGUGGCAUUUAUUCUACACCUGAUAUAAAUGUGGCUGAAAAGUAUGCAACAGAGUUUGAACAUAAGGGGGAGAAAUAUAUUGUAGUACUUCAGAACCGAAUAAACCCCGCAAACUUAAUAAAGAUUGGAAAGCAACAAACUGGUUUAGGUGAGUAUUGGAUUUCUAAAGAUGAAAAGGAUGUCAGACCAUAUGGAAUUUGCAUUAGAAAAAAAUGA